AUGCCUCCGUUCAGCUAUGCUAGCUUACCUCAGCUUGAUUCGAGCACUAUUCGCCUCCUUUCUCUCAUGCCCAAUAGAGACGAAACCGCUGCUCUACAAGGCCAACUUCACAACUAUUCUCUCCAAGAGUCGGACAAGGAAGCCCAUUUAUACGGAGCUUUGUCGUACUGUAUCUAUAUAAAUGGGAAUUCCCUCCCCAUCACAGCGAAUCUGCAUGCAGCCUUGCUACAUCUUCGAAAUCACACCCUUGAUCGAGUCACAUGGGUAGAUGCUCUCUGCAUCAAUCAGCCAGAUGAUCAAGAGAAAGUGAUAUGGCUCUCAAUACGAGUUGCAGCAGAUGAUGAGAACGAAAAGCCAGAAAUUCGUUGGCCAGCAAAAGGAAUCAAGAGUCAAUCCUCAAAUUGCUUAAAAUACCAUGAUUUCAGCGCAUCUGGGUGUGUUCUCCAGGAGGUCGGCUUGGCUCGAACUAUCCUAAUUAUCUGUGGUGCAGUGGAGGUAAACGGGUAUACGUUCUGCUCGGGUGUUAGCAAACUGGAAAGUUUACUCGAAGAUUAUUCGGAUUUACAAAGUUUGAUCUGUCCAACGAUUUGCUUGAUAAGAGGAUCAAUUUUCCGUCCAAAGUAUAUCUCAAGUCCACUAGGCGAUCUCUCUCUAGGUGAGCUGAUCGAUAUGUAUCACAACCACAAGGCCACAGCACAUCACGACAAGGUGUAUGCCUUAUUUGGCAUGUGCUCUGAUAAUUUGAUCUCGACUGGAUUAUUACCCGAUUACACGAUUCCAUGGGAGAUACUUCUUCGACGGCUUGUCAAUUUCAUCCUUCACCAAAGUAUGUCGUCUAGAGAGGCUUGGGAUGAUAGGGAAGCGGCGGUAAUCAAGAAUAGUGGUUAUGUUCUAGGGCAUGUUUCCUCGAUAAGGAAUGGCAUAAAUCGAUAUCCUGGACAGUACAUAGAAUACUACAAGAAUUAUGGGGCACAUUGGACACUCCAAGCUUCUGCAGAAUCCAUUCGAAAAAAAAAUGAUAUUGUUUGCCUUCUAGAAGGAGCUUCAAAGCCAACUGUUAUUAGAGCAUUUGAACACCAUUUUGGUAUCAUCAUGAUUACAGUCAAUCCACGCCAACAAACACAUAAACAUCGCCCGUUUCAAUUGUUUAUGUCUUCGAUACCUGAUCACUCACAUGAAUUUCUACUUGUGUGGCAAUGGGGAUUGAUUCCGGGACAGCAUUCUUCGUCACUUCAAUUGUCACAAAUGGAGAUCAAUUCUGUAGUUCCGGACUAUCUGAAGACCAAUACGAUCAAAGCAAUGAGAUCAUUCGAAGUGGCAAUGAUUCUAAAAGACACUGGGGACCUUCUUGUGGCAGAAGCUAAGCUUUAAAAAGAUAUCGAAA